CUUUAAUGAUAGAAAUCAUGUUAUCACCAAAAAUUUUGUAGUCAUCGAAUAAAUCCUCUCCCAAAAAAAUCAUAAAUGAUUUUGAAUAUCAUUUAAAAGAUUGCCUAGGUUAAGGGGAGUACAGUUCUGUAUUUAAAGGCCUAGACAGAAGAUCUGGAUAAGAGGUAGCAAUAAAGGUAACUAAGCUUAUCAUUAUACAAAUUAGGUUAUUGAGAAUUCGAGAUUGAAUUCUAAUUUCUCAAGACAAAUGUUGAGCAAUGAAAUCGAAUCAUUAAAAAAGCUCAAUUCUCCUUACAUCUUGUAAUAUCUCAACUACAUUUACACUCCUAAUAAUCAGUAUAUCAUAACUGAAUACUGCAAUGAGGGAGAAUUGCGAUUUGUCAAGAAUCGAUCAGAUUAACAAUUGUUAAGGAUUUUCCAUUAAUUACUGUAGGCAUUAAAAGAACUAAAAAGCAAGAGUAACUAUUAUUUAAAAUCAAUAGAUAUCAUUCAUAGAGACAUCAAACCUCCAAAUAUUAUGAUGCAUAAUUCUGUAUCUAAACUUGCUGAUUUUGGUUUUAGUGUUAAUAUGAAUUCUUUGGAGUUAUAAAAAUCAUCAUUUGGUACACCCCUUUACAUGGCACCCGAAUCAUUACUUAAUGAUAUGUACAGCUUUUAGUCUGAUGUCUGGUCUGUUGGAAUUACUAUGUAUGAACUCAUUUAUGGAAAUAUUCCCUUCUAUCAUGAAAAAGAAUCAGAAUUAAAAAAGAUUAUACAAAAUUAUGUCAAUAAUCCUAUCUUAAGAAUUCCAUAAUCAAUAUUCAUUCCUUUACUUUAAGGCAUGCUUGAUCCAAAUCCUAAAACUAGAUUUACUGUCGAAAAAUUAUUAUCGAUGAUUUCAACCGAUUAAAAUACUUAAAAUAUUUCCUACUCAUAAUUCAACUUUUUAAGCACUCUAGCCUAAAAUUUAUAAAAUUUUGAGAUAAAGGUUGAUGAUGUGUGUAUUCGUUGGGCAAUUUUGAGGAUUCUUUCAACCAAAUUCAAAAUGAACGCUAAUACUCAAUCUUAAAUUAAUUAAUCGAUUAACUCUAUUCAAAAUUCAACUAAUUUCAAUAUGAUUAGAGAAUAAAAAAUGAUAGAUCUAAAAAAUUCAAAGUCAGAUACAUGUAAUAUUUUGAAUGUAUAAUUUAGAAUUUGUUCAUACUCUUCGAUAAAUUUUGUAACAAAAAGUUCAUUGUUAGCAAUAUAAACCAAUUGUAUAGGAUUUACUCCAAUGCGAUGCAAUUUUAUUUCACUUAUUUUAAUGAGACU